CCUAACAAGGACACAAAGAUGAAGAACAAUAUUGGCAAUAACACAAAACUCAUACUCUUACAUCCUUAUAUCCAGAAACAAGGAACCUCGUAUCGUUUAUGGGUUCUUGCAUUUAUUUCAUUCCUCACUAUUGCAUUCCUCCUUACUCUUAUUUACACUAGAGAAUCCUUCACCACAUCCUCUGUCGUCGCGGUCUCUUCCAUAACUGCUUCAACUAAUCCUCCAUUAUCAAAAGCAGUUGUAAGGGCUCUUACACAUUAUGCAUCAAAUUCCAACAACACUGAACGUAUGUCGUAUACAGAUAUUAAACAAAUUGCUGAUGUUCUCCGACAAUGUCAACAGCCUUGUAAUCUCCUUGUUUUCGGCCUUACACACGAGACACUUCUAUGGAAAGCGUUGAAUCACAAUGGCAGAACAGUUUUCAUUGACGAAAAUAGAUAUUACGCUGCUUACAUUGAGGAGAAAUAUCCUGAAAUUGAAGCUUACGACGUGCAGUAUACAACAAAAUUGAGCGAAAUGAAAGAGUUGAUUGCUGCAGUGAAGGAACAAAUACGGAAUGAGUGUAAGCCGGUGCAGAAUUUGUUGUUUUCGGAGUGUAAACUCGGGAUAAAUGAUCUUCCUAACCAAUUCUAUGAGGUGAAUUGGGAUGUUAUUUUGGUUGAUGGACCAAGAGGGUACUGGCCAGAGGCACCCGGUAGAAUGUCAGCUAUUUUUACGGCUGGAGUACUGGCGCGGAGCAAGAAGUGUGGCAAUCCGAAAACACAUGUUUUUGUGCAUGAUUUUAAUCAAAAAGUGGAUAGAAUUACAAGUGAAGAGUUCUUAUGUAAAGAGAAUUUGGUGAAUUCGAAGGAUAUGUUGGGACAUUUCGUUAUAGGAAGAAUGGAUCCCAACAGCUAUACGUUCUGUCGCAACCAUAUAUAAUUUGGUACCAGUAGCAACUUCUUCUUGGUCCCAACAUCAAUGUAUUAAUUGUGUCAUAAGGUGAUUUUCAUAAUUUAAAGAUGUGUGGAAUUUUGAAUUUAUUAUGCU